UCAUACCGAUUGGUACAUUUAUCUAACAACUGUCAUAAUAAUUUUUCAUAAAAAUAUAAAUAUUUUAAAUUAAAAAAAAAAAAAAAAUGAAUUACGUGAUAAAAAACAAAUUUUAACGAAGCUAACUUCAAAAUUAUUUAUGUAAUUAGCAUCAUAUAUAACCAAAAUUAUUCAAUAUCCGUACAAGCACAAUUUUCGAUCUUUGGAUUCUUGAAGUCAAUGAAAUUAGCAGUAAAACGAAGAUGAAGCCAUCUAGAAAGUGUGCUAUCUGUCAAGCAUCUGGAAUUUUAGAAAAAAAUCAUAGUUUCUUUCUAGAACGCCUCAUUCAUACCGUUUGCAAGAAUUGUAUCUUCGGCAAAUCAGCAUAUGUAAUGAUUCUAGGAAUUAUUGGGACUAUAAUUUCUACAGUGGAUGUUUUUCGUAUGAUGAACCAUAAAAGAAUUGACAACGAUACAUCAGAUCAACACAAAAAUUGUAGAGUUUCUUCAAUGUUUGCACGAGACCUAAAACUGAUGAUAUCGAUUCUCGGGAUUGAACAUUAUGUUUUACUUGUACUAGGAACUGUAAUGGAAGUCCCAAUCUUACAUAUGCAAUGGUUACUUAUUCAUGCAUUUAUCAUUAUCCUAGAAAUUGGAACUAUUUUUUUGGGGGUAGUAUUUAAAUUAAAUACACGGUUUGAUGGAAUUUUGGAAACUAUAUUAGCAACAUUCAAUUGGCUACAAGUUUUUUGUUACUUUCUUAAACAGCUUAAAAAUAAUUGUUAAUAACUUGUGCUUAAAUAUAUAUUGUU